GGAAGCGUUGGAAUUGUGGUAUUUCAGGGCCGGACCACCGCUUGCGACACCUGUGAUGGAGUGGACACUAUGUCUGUCCGGAAUGUCAUCUGUUGUACAAAGUUUAGUAAGUGUUGUAUUCCCGACACAAUCGACGGAUAUAAUGAUCAAUUGGAUCGGGAGAGGGGUCUGAGGCGUGGCAACCGACCCGUGUUUCCCGAGGAUAUACCCACGGCUUACGGCACCGAUAGUGGUGGUAGUGUUGGCGCCGCUAACGGCCCGACGACCGCCAGAAAGGCGUCAAAGAAAAGGACGACAACGAAGAGGAAGAAGAAGAGCACCAGAAGUAACCCAAAGACGAUAAUGAAUAUCAAUGAACUGAACGACGACUGUCUGAAGAUUGUCUUCUCAUUCAUACCAUUCGGGGAACUGUUGGCCGACCGCCGGGUCUGUAAGGACUGGAAACAAGUGAUCGAUGACUAUCUGUCAAACAUCACACACUUUACGUACAAUCAGUCCAUCAAUGGUAACAAUAAAGACAACGAACUGACGCUGGCAUCGGAUUUGGAUAGCGAUGAUAAUCUAUCAAAUGUGACACAUUUUUCGUAUAACCUCAAUGGAAAUGACGGCAUAACUGACGUGAAUUUACCCCGAUUUGGACGUUGCCUUCAAUUGAUGCCCAAAUUGACAUCACUUUCGGUCACAGGUGUCCAACCGUUUGAUCCGAUGAUUAAGGUUCUUGUGGCCAAAUGUCCGCACAUUUCCCGUCUAUACAUGAAAUGUGUGAACGAAGAGGUGUCGGUCAGUGCAAAGGGUAUCGAGCAGUUGGUGGCCGCGUAUCCGGCGCUCACACACCUGGAUGUGCCCAACUGUGAUGUGGACGACUCUGUGAUCAAGAUUGUGGCCACACGUCUGCCCCGAUUGGUCCGCUUUAACUUCGGCACCGAUUGGGAACUCAAUGAAUAUUACCGGUUAGGUUAUGGCUUUACCGGUCAAACACUGCGCUAUAUAUCGGCCACAACUAAGACACUAAUGAUCGGCGAUAGUGAAAGCAAUGACCAGAUGGUGAUCGAGUCACUGAUGGCCGGACCCGCGCGACAGCACAUCCGCGUUCUGAAGAUCCAUUUGAACGAAUUGAAGUACUUGUCCACCAUUUGUGAUAAUAUGCCACAACUGCGAGAGUUUUACUGCAGUUUCAAUGGCGGAGAUAUCAGACCCACUGGUGAUGUCGAUAACGUCGGUUACGUUCGCCAUCUGCAGAGUUUAACGAGUCUGGAAGCGCUGGAACUGUCAGACGAGUGCCGCACUCACUGUUCCUAUCCGUGUCACAGUCUGUACACAUUGCGAUCGUUAACGGAGGCCAUCAGUGGUCUGUCGCGGCUGAAAGUGUUGCGACUCUUCGAUCACAACAAUUGGCACCGCAAAAGAGAAUCAAUUGAUCCAAUUCUGGCACAACUCAAGAGAUAUUGUCCCGAUUUGACCGAAUUGGGUAUAAGCGCCGGUCUGUUCGACUUGAAAGCCCAGAGUUACCGAUUAAUCGGUGAACUGAAUCUACCGGUGCUUACCAUUCAGGACGACCGCUACCCGUAUGGCGAUUACGACGACAGUGUAAGACAUUCCGUGUCCAACGAUGAUGUGGUGGAUCUCCUGAAGGCGACCACAAGUAUGCGUCGAUUUCGUGUUGAGAACUGUUCGGUGAUAGACAACGAGGCGGUGAAGGCGUGUCUGGAAGUGUUGGCCACAAGAAGUCGUCGAAGAAUUGAAUUGAUUUUUACUAAUAUUAGUAAUAUUACUGAAGAGAUGAGGAAUGAGUUUACGGUUCCCCCGAAUGUGUCGCUUGUUUUCAUGUAAAUUGUGG